AUGUCUACUUCUCAGCCCGCCGCGGGCAAGAAAGGGGACGCUGUUGUCCAUGAUUGCGAAAUGGAAAGCAAUGGAGCUGGCGACGUUGCUGUCGGCGAAGUGCUUGAACAGUCCGUCAAGCGGCAGCCUUACACCUGGAAGACUUUCUAUCGCAGUGUGCUGUUCCAGAUGAUAUUGUUUGGAGCGUAAGUAGAAAAGUCGAAUUCUUGGGACCAAAAAUACUGACGCCGCGUAUCCAGUCUUUCCUUCGUCGGUAAAUGCCUUCCAUGGAAUCAAUUCCCACAACUGCUGUGAUCUCUAACAACACAGUCAUCAAGGCCCCGCAAUGGGAGACGCCAUUUCGAAUCUCGGCGGCGGAGGCCUCUCGACGCCUUUCCUGGCGAAUUUGGCGAAUGCCCUCAAUUACGCCACCGGCUGCUUGACGACGCUCUUCGGCGGGCCGCUGAUCAACCAAUUGGGGAUCAAAUGGUCCUGUGUGAUCGCCGCGGUCAUUAUGCCUCUGACGGGAUCGGCAUACUAUACCAAUGCCAAAUUUGGGAUCAAUUCGUAUCUGCUCGCUUCUCAGGUAGGUAGGGGUCUUCCUCCCAAAAAAACGUGAUACAAAGUCAUGUUGUUGGCUGAUGACUUGACUUGGAUGUGUAAGGUCAUUGGAGGUGCCACGUCCGGUUUUCUGUACGUGGCCGAGACGACGGCGAUGUUGUCUUAUCCCCCUCAGGACGAUCGAGGGUUCUAUCUCGGUUGGGUUUCCCCUCAGUCAAUUGUCUCGCUAUGCAUUCUGACAAGACGUAGGCAUCUGGUCCGCAAUGCGCAACUCCGGAAGCGUCAUCGGGGGCGCCAUCAAUUUCGCCAAUAACCACCAAGAUGCUUCGGCGGGAGGUAUUGCCUGGUCAACAUAUCUCAUCUUCGUCGGUUUCGGUACGACCAAAUAAUCCCCAUUGUUUGAUUUCCCAGAUCCCUGACAGAAAAAUCUCUCUUUCAGAAUGUACCGGCAUCCUCUGGGCCUUCCUGCUCUCGACGACCCGCAAAGUCCGCCGCCGAGACGGCAGCAGAAUCGAAAUGGCAGCACGUAUAACCUGGAGACAAGAAUUCAUCGCCCUCAAAGACCACCUGAUCAACAGCAAAGUUCGUCCUCCAAAAAUUCAUCCCCUCUCCAUCUCCUGCUAACCUUUUGGGCUCUUUCUCUAAACAAAACAAAAACAGACCUGGCUCGUCUUCAUCCCCUCCUUCUAUUCCUUCUUCUACGGCGGCACAAUGGGAACCUACCUCUCCCUCCACUUUUCCGUCCGAGCACGUGCCCUGUCUUCCCUCAUCGUCCGUAAGUCUCUCUCCGCCAACCGCCGAACCUCCAUCCUCUCCGACAAACUCUCGAAUAACAGACUUCCCCCCCUCCCCUUAGCUUCGAUCGUCAUCCCCCUCGUGAUAGCCUACGGCCGCCUCCUGGACCUCAAACGCCUCUCCCUCCGCAGACGAGCCUGGAUCGCCUUCCUCCUCUGGCUCCUGCCCCAAAUCGCCUCUUUCAUCUGGAUCGGAAUCGAAUACAGAAACUUCGGCCAAGAAACCUAUGCCCUCGAUUACCUCGAAACUCCCUCGCGGUGGGCGAAAGCAUACAUCCCCUACCUGAUAAUCUUCGUCACGGGCUACUGGACGCAGUUAUGUCUGUAUUGGAUCCUGGGCUGCUUGUCGACGGACAUGCAGACGAGUUCGAGGACGGGGGGCUUAUUCCGGGCUUUUGAGACGGCGGGGCAGGCGGUGAGUUAUGGGAUUAAUUCUGCUGGGUUGGGAGAUCGGAGGGUGCCGUUUUUUGUCAAUUGUGCCGUGUUGGUGGUGACGAUGCCUUGUAUGGUGGCUCUGAUUCGGAUGGUGGCGGGGAUUGAAGAGAAACGGAAGGCGGCGGUGGUGGUGGGAGAGGAGGACUCGGGCGAGGGGGCUUUCGGUUCGAGAAAAGUCGUUUAG